CACAAUUUAGCCGCCGUUAACGAAUUUUCUAAUGAAGGUAGUUUGAAAAUAUACUAACGUCAAUUAUUAAUCGCAUCAUAUUAUUUCUGAAAUUUAUUGAAAUUUGGUUGUCCUGAGCCGAUCAAGAAGAUGAAAAAAACUCUGAUUUAUGAGACUUUGGUGAGUAUUAUUAUUGCUAAUAGGCACGGUGUGUGGUUAAUUGAUCACGGCUGCAAGUUGGUCGCCAAAAUAAACAAAUUAUUUAUUCAUUUAUUUCUUUAAUUUUUUGUUAAGUUAUUAUUAUUGCAAUCAUAUAAUAUAUUUAAAAAAAAUAGUAUUAUUAUUAAAAUUUGUAGAUAAUUAUAAUACAAUCUUAGUAUCUUGAUAUAAAAAAAUAUUAUAAAAAUAUUCCACAAGAUGAUGCAGUCGUCAAAACCCAGUUAAUUUUAGAAUAAUUUUAAUAAACCAUUAGACUGUAAGUUUUUUUCUGUAUUUGUUUUUCAACACUGCAGUAAUAAUUUAUUUUUUUACGCUUUUUAUCUUUUUUUUUUUUCGUUUUAUUUACCUUUUAAUAUAUUUAUUACAAAUUAAUAAAAAUCAUCUAAAUGUUUUUCAAGACUAUACCUGAUCCGUCGUUCAACGAUGAUCAAGUCAAAAUGAUUGGUACAUGGCAUGGCAUGAAUAAUAUUUGUGCGUUUCCGACCAAAAUUUCAAGAAAAACCACUUCCAAGACUUCGGUCAAAAAUGUUGAUAAUACUGAGCGGAACAUUAUACUUUUGAAACAUAAAAGUAUGUUAUUUGACCCAAAAGUAAGACAACUGGUUAAUGAGUCCAGUAGCUUGUUCCAAGAAUUACAAAUAAAUGUGGAAGACCAGAAUAAGUCAACAGAUGCUUUAUACUACAGUAGGAAAUAUAGGUAAUUUUAUACAAUUCUUUUCUUCUUCUUUUCCUUCAACUCUUUCCACAACUAAAAUUCUACUUUUGAAUUUUCAUUUAGUAAGCUGUUAGUUUUAAUCUCUAGGUAGGUAUUAAUGUAAUCAUUUUUCAAGUCAAAAUAUCAAAAUCUAAAUAAUAUAUUAAACUGAUAAAAAUAAGUAAUGUAAAUAUGUAAUUAAAUGGAUUUAUGGUCUUCCAGAUUUUAUGUUAUAGUAGAUUUAACUAUCAAGUAUACCUAUCUAUUUUUUUUCCUGUUUAUGGACAAUUUUGUGAUCAUAUUUUCUAAAUAAUAAUAAUAAUAAUAUUUAUUUUUUCAACAAAAGAGUUGCAACAAAAAAAUUAAUUUGAUAUUUAUUAUGCAUUGUAUUUAUUAAAAAUUGAAAAGUUAAAGAGUAAGUAGAUUUUUUAACUUUUGGAAUGAAAAAGAAAUUACGUAACAUGGAUAUUAUGUGGGAAGAAAUGUGGGAUAGUAGGUGUCCUUUUUAUCCUAUUAAAUAACAUAGCUAACUAAUACCAUAGCAAUAUUUAUAAACCAGGUUACACAGAUCCAUACCAAACUAACAUUUUAUGACAGUACUUACGUUGUACUAUUUUGCAUAAAUUAUUAUUUAAGUGAUUUUUUUUUAAUGUAUUAUCUAUAUAGAGCAAUUUUGUCAACUUGUAUAAUAGCAAUUGAACGACACAAUAAGGAUAAAUUGGAUGAGAUUUAUAACCAAUAUGAAUUGUUGUUGCGGAAUUUAGAACUUAUUUGGCAUUUGUGUGAAGUACUUUACCUGGUUACUGUUCCUGGUAAGUGGUAUUAUAAUAUUUAAAUAAUUGUCUAAUUUAAUGUUACCUAUUAGUAUAAGUAUUAGUAUUUCAUAAGUAGAAAUAUCUGUUACUUAUUUACUAAAAAUUAAGUCACUUAAUUUUUUGUUAAUAAAUUUAUUUUGAUAAUUUUGAAAUUAUUGCCUAUUGGUCCAUGAAUUCUCAUUCAUGGAUUGUUUUUAUAGGUUUUGGAUUUUUUUUUUUUUUUUUUUUUAAACAUUUUUGAACAUACAAAAGAUGAGACGACCGUGUUUUACGAAUUUGUAUAUCUUUGUUAAUAUUCAAUUUUCUUUUAGGGCGGGGUAUAUAUAUUUAUAGAUUUGUAUUAUAUUAUAUAUAACUAUUUAUGUAUAGAAUAUAUUAAUAUUUGUAUUAUUAACCCUUAAUCACUAGAAAAGAAUUAAUUUUCUUUUGGAAUUUUUCAAAAUGGCAGAUUUGUAAUAGAUAUUAUUCUUUAAGUUAAUAUAACUAUUAUUAGACAAUUAAUUGGUGAAACAUAAUAAAUAAUAUGCCUUCUAUUUUCUAAGCGCAUAUAGGAAUCCAUUAAUUCUAAUUAUUUUUAAUUCAAGUGUUUAAAUUAUUUAAUUUUUAAAUAUUUUUAUUACAGUCUUGGUUUGAAUAAAAAAUGUAUUGGUAUACAUACAAAUUCUUGGUUUCCUCUGCUUUGAUCUCAACUAUUUGGGGUCAAAAUUAAUAUUUUAAAUAUAGAAGAUUAUAGUUUAAAUACAAAUGUUAAUUGUAAUGAAUUUAGUGUGUAGGUUUCUGUAAAUAUAUGUUUUUAAAGGAGAAAUUACAAAAAAAUAAACUUAAAAAUAUAGUACUUGACCAUUAAAAUUAUCAUUAAAUUAUUAUUUGGACAUACAUAUGUUUAUAUUAUGAGGGAUAUUAUGUAGUAUAGGUAAUUUUUGUUUGUCAUAAUUAUAUAACUUAAUAGAAUGUGUAUACUGUAUAAUUAAUUAAUUUUUAUAUUUUUUAGGCGAUACUAUUUUAAACAAUCUUUUAGAUUGGAUCAAGAUUCAUUAUGAGAAAGCUGAAAACCAAGCAUCAAUGAUUAUAGAUGAUAAAACUGCUUACUUUACUGAUGAAUGUGUUGAAGAUAAGUUUCCAUUUUAUUGGGACACUAUUUUUGGAUUAGUGUUACAAGGAAAUACAGAUUUGGUCAGAGCUUUGUUGUUUAAUCACUCUCAAAGUAAAACUGAACCAUUUAUUCAAGCAAUGAAAAUAUUUAAGUCUAUGCCUACUUAUAGUGUAAGUUUUAAGUUUAAGACUAAUAAAUUGUUUUGCUUAUUUAAAUUAAAUUAAAUUUGUUUGCACAUGCUGUAUACAUUUUAAAUUCUGAGUGUUUACUAAAUAUUUGUAUUUUCAUGAUAAACACUUUUUUGUAAUAUAAUGGUAGAAAAAUGUUGAGAAAAUGGGACUCAAUAAGGAUUAUUGUUAUUAUUAUUAUUUUUUUGGAAUACAGUAAAAAUUAUUUGUAAAAGCCUGGAUUUAGAAAAAAUUUUCUUUAUUCGAAUAUGUGUUAUAGGAGGGUUAUUUUUUUAAAAUUAAUAGUAUACAUUAAUUUUUGAUUUAAAAAGUAGGAAUAGAUAAUUUUCAAUACUACCGUUUGAAAUAAAGUUAAAACAAUUCCACAAUUAACGAAAAUAACAGGAAUAAAAUUAAUUUUAAAUUGUUGGCUCAUAAUAAAUGAAUCUUUUUGUACGAGUGACAUUCAAUAAGUAAACAGAUAAAUGUGUAUAAAUUGCUAUAAAAUCUUUAAUAAAUAUACCUACAUGAUUUUUUUUUACUUUUUCGGCCUAAUCACGCUAUACACAAAUACAUUUAUUCCUCUGGUCGAUGAGGCUUCAGAUUAUUUUGGUCUCGUUCAUUUACCUGUUCUUUGAUGUACUCAUAACAAUUUUUAAGUGGCCUAAACAAAUGAAAAUCAGAAGAAGGUACUAAGUCUGGACUGUAGGGAGUGUAUAGUAGGACCUCCUUACCAAUUUCUCAUAAUAAAUUCUAGCUUUGUGGGGGUUGGCAUUAUUUUACUGAAGAAUCGUCUCAUUUUUCAGGAUUACAUGUUGUUUCUGCCUAAUUGUUAGCCGAAAUUAGUCUUUUAUUUGCGUAUGAUUCUGAGAUCACAGUACAUAAUCUGUCUUUAAGAAAAUGACAGAGAAUCGUAACUUUUAUUUCCCAGAAUACUAUAAAUUACACUUUGUUUGCAUAUGAGCAUAAUUUAAAUUUUUUUUUGAUCUAUUAUGUCUAUUAGUGCGCACUGUGAUAAAUUUCACAAAGCCAAACUUGUUUAGCUAUUAAAUAAAUGAAUAAUAGUGCAAUGUUCAAUGUGUUUACUUUCUUCAAGAACAGAUACACAACUUUGGGCAUCACUGGCAAUAAACAACAAUACAUAAUACUGAAAACACAACAUUCACUGCUUGUAACCAAAAAUAUACUUACAAACAUGGCUGUUUAGGUUCAAGUUUACUUGAAAUUUGAAUAAAUAAUCUAAUAUAGUUCAUGAUACUAGCCACUAUUUGGCUUAACUGUGCAAAUUAAAUAACUUUGUUUCUAAUGGUUUCCUAUUAGUUAAUAGAGUUUGAUUCAAUUCAAAAAUUAAUAUUAAUUUAGAUUUAUGGUGGUCUACCAAUAGCUGAGUAUACAUCAAGAUUUAAAGGCUGGCAAUCUAAUGCAAAAAAUAAAUUAGAAUGUGGAAUAUUUUUAAACGAUCCAAAUCUCCAGGAUCUUAUGAAAGUAUUCAACUAUUUUUACUUAAUAAAUAUUAUAUAAAAGAAUGUAUCUAUUGUAUGAAUUAAAAUAUGUUAAAAUCCCAUUUUAGAUUAUUUGCGGUGAACCAGAUUGUACCAAUUUGAUCCGUAAACAUUGUUCAACAUGGUUUGAAUAUCUAGUUGCUCAACUUAUAUACACAGAUCCAACUGUAAAGAAGCAUAAUUUAAGUUUAUAUGCGCAUCGUAGUGUUACAAAUUAUUAUAAAGAAUCUGAGUAUAACCAUAUGGAUACACUGGCUUUAGACUUAUUUGAUGGAGAUUUAGAAGCGGUAUUAUGAAUUUAAAUAAAAAUAUUAGUUUUAAAAAUGACGUUUAACAAAUAUAAACUUAAUGAAUUUUACCUAUAGUAAUAGUUCUAUUAUAUUUAUGUGAUGUUAUGGAAAAUUGAAAGUCCUAUUGAAGAGAAACUAAUUUAUUAACAUGAAUGUAUUAUUUAAAUGGUAAAACUCAUACUGAUUUUAUUUUUAUUUGAUUACAGUUUGUUAAGAAAUUGAAAUCCUAUCCUGAUUCUGGAUGGUCAUCUACUCAUUUGACCAAUUUGUUACAUCUGUGUGAUAAAAUAGAACCAGAGUUUGGAAUAUCUGAUGCAACGUAACUUGAUAUACAUCUUGUUUAUGUAAUAUAUUUUGAACAUUGCAUUAUUUUAGGAAAAAUUCAAAUCCAAAUGAACAAUACCUCCUUGAUUAUGGCACAUUUCUCAUGACUCAUCACUCACUGUGGCAAGCCGGGAUCACAUACUUGGACAACUGUUCGGAUGUAGGUAAGGAGUACCUAUCAGUAUUGUUGUCUAAAUUAGGUAUAACAUCACAUUUGAGGACAACAAAAAUUUUACAUUAUGCUACAUCCAGGCGUUUACAUAACGUUGGUGAGUAAUUAAAAAAAUAAUUCUUUACAGAACAAUGAUUAUAAUUAAAAGCGAAACAAUUAAAUGAAAAUCAUUUUUUUUUUAAUUUUAAGUUUCUAGUAUUUGCAAAGUCAAAGGAAUGUUGAGUUUACAGAAGUCAAGAUUAGGCGAAGCUUUAUUUUGGGCAAUAAGAGGGCAGGACAGCGCUUUCGCUACUCGUCUUGGAGAUAUUUUUUUAAAAGAGUUUGUAAGCAGUGGGCAAUUUAGUUGCCCAGAUAUAUUGGAAAAUUUAGGAUCAAUUGUUCUCACUUGUGAUCGUUUUAUGUUUAUAGGUAAGUUUAGUCAAUUCGUUUAAAAUAACAUGAAAAAAAUCAUCACUAAAUUGAUUACUAUUUAAUAUAACUAUUUAAUUAUGUUUUUUAACACAAAUAUCUGUUUACUAAAAUCAAUUUGUUAUAACUUAAACCAAUAUUGUUUAAUAAUGAAUUUAAAAUUUUAGGAAAGUAUUUGGAAUUUAUGAAACUUGUAAAACAAUCAAAACUCAGUGAAGCCUCAUCAUUGUACAUAGAUCUUUUGAGAUCCAAUAUUUGUCCAAAAUAGUAAAUAUUUAUAAUAUACAUCAUAGCAUUUAUUAAACAUUAAUGAUAAUUGAUAUUCUUUGCUUUUGAGUAACAUAACUCUGGUUACAUUAAUAUUUUGGUGUUCAGUUUUAGGCUCAGACUAUUGUUGGAUGUACUUAUGUUUAUUGAUGAUACAAAUGAGUGUUAUUUUAAAACCAGUGAAGUAGCACUUGUGACUAUGCGACUGGAUGAUGCUAUUGUAGAAUAUGAAGAAAUUAAUGGUGAAUGUACUGAUGAAUGUUUAUCAGAUCAAAUAUGCAAUAUUAGAAGAGGUAUUGUUAAAUUAUUGUCAAUCAGUUUCAGAUAACCAAAAAAAAAUUAUAGUUUUAGAGAAAAUUCAACAAUAUUGAAUCAGUUUUUAUAAAUUUUUUUUAUAUUAUUUUUUUAAUGCAAACAAAGACUUGAUUAUAAUUUAUUUUUAUAUUAAUAAAAACAAAUUGAACAUCAAAAUAAAAGCUUCUCUGCUAAAAAUAAGAACUAUUUCAAUAUUAGUGAUUAAUACGGGCUCAAAUUUAAAAUAUGUAUUUAAAAAAACAAAAUAGGUAUAAGUAAGUUAAUAUUAAGUGAUAUAUAUAUAUCUUAUAUAUAUAUUUAUAUAAAAUA